UGUCACAAAUCCAGCCGUUAACGUUGCGUCUAAAUAAACAAACCGUUUCCAAAUCAGCCCCUUGACAGACCUCUUUAUCUGUCUUGGAGAGUGGCACAGCCGAGGCGUAACAUUUUUGAAAGGUUGUGUUUAGGAGACAGCGGAAGAGAGCGUGGAGGACUUAAGGAGCUUUUGAAGGAACGAAUCACGUUUUCUAAAGGGGAAAAUCAAACAACUGAAAGUUUUAUUGUCGAAGGAGCCUUUGGAGUAACAUUGUGACCAGCAAGAAACCAUUCAACUCCGACCUCCGAUGCAAAGGCUCUAUGACAUAAAGCCUGUCCUCAGAUUCAGCUGGUCCCUGGGGAGAGCUGCCGAGGAACUUACAACUCUGACGCCCCGCUGCCAUUUUCCACAGCCUGAGGGUAACCAGGAAGCAGCCGGCAGGAGCCAUGCCUGCCCUGGCCACCGGAGCCGGCCACGAGCCAGGUCUGUAUGAGCUGCUGGCGGCUCUGCCCUCCCAGCUGCAACCCCAUGUCAGCCGCCCUGAGGACAACACCUUCCUCCAGGACAUGUUUGGGGAGAGAAGCCUCCACUCGCUGGUCAAGAUCCAUGAACGGCUGCAGCACUACGAAGAGAGCAAACCCGUCCCCAUCCUGGACAGCGCUGCAGCUCUGGCCCAUGAAUUGUCCGAGGAGCUGGAAGGGAAAUCAGAAAAUGGUGAAAUCAAAGAGCUUCUCCAGCUACUGGCCAAACACCAUGUGAAGAGCCUUCUGUCAGUCCAUGACACCGUCGCCCAGAAGGGUUACGACCCCGAACUACCUCCACUGCCUGAAGACAUUGACGAUGAUGAGGAUUCGGUGAAAAUCAUAAGACUCGUCAAAAACAAGGAACCUCUUGGAGCAACAAUAAGGCGCGACGAACACACAGGGGCCAUCCUUGUGGCCCGGAUUAUGAAAGGCGGGGCAGCCGACAGAAGCGGACUGAUUCAUGUAGGAGAUGAACUGAAGGAGGUUAAUGGAAUCCCUGUGGAGGACAAGAAACCAGAGGAAAUCAUUCGUAUUCUGGCCCAGUCGCAAGGAGCCAUUACCUUUAAAGUUGUCCCUGCCGUCAAGGAGGAGGUGCCAACCAAAGACCCAAAGGUGUUUGUGAAGGCGCUCUUUGACUACGACCCUAAGGAGGACAAAGCCAUCCCAUGUAAGGAGGCUGGACUGGCCUUCAAGAAGGGCUCCAUCCUUCAGAUCAUGAGCCAAGAUGAUGCAACUUGGUGGCAGGCCAAACACGAGGGGGGCACCAAUCCCCGUGCUGGCCUAAUCCCGUCCAAACAGUUCCAGGAGAGGAGAUUUGCACUGCCGCGACCUGCUGCGACUCUCCCGCUCCAGAGGACCUCUAGCCGAAGAUCAUCUGGGUUCAGGAGAAGCUUCCGUCUCAGCAGGAGGGACAAGAAGACCAACAAGUCCAUGUACGAGUCUAAGAAAAGUGAAAUGUACGACAUGGCUGACGUGCCCACGUACGAGGAGGUCGCCCCGCACCGCAGGCAGAGUGGAGCUAAACACAGGCUGGUGGUCCUAGCAGGACCUACAGGAAUUGGCUUGAAUGAGCUUAAGAGGAAACUGUUGAUCUCAGACCCCCAGCACUUCAGUGUGACCAUCCCACACACCAGUCGGGCCAAGAGGAACCAGGAGAAUGACGGCGUAGAGUACUACUUCAUUUCCAAACAUCUCUUUGAGACGGAUAUCCACAACAACAAGUUCAUCGAGUAUGGCGAGUACAAAGGGAAUUACUACGGGACAAGUCUAGACUCGAUACGCUCCGUCCUCUCCAAGAAUAAAGUGUGCCUACUGGAUGUCCAGCCCCAUACAAUAAAGCACCUGCGGACGGCAGAGUUUAAACCCUUUGUGGUGUUUGUGAAGCCUCCUACGAUUGAGAGAUUGAGGGAGACCAGACAGAAGGCCAAAAUCAUAUCAGGCAAAGACGACAAGGCAUCUGCCAAGCCAUUCACGGAGGAGGACUUUCAGGAGAUGGUGAAAACUGCCCAAACGAUGGAGACUCAAUAUGGCCAUCUGUUUGAUAAGGUCAUAGUCAACGAUGAUCUCUCUACAGCAUUCAGCGAGCUGCGGUUGGCACUUAAGAAAGUGGAGACGGAGACUCACUGGGUUCCAGUCAGCUGGACUCACUCCUGAGAUCCACACAGACUGUAAAAGUAGAAAAGGGAAGGGCUUUGACAAAAAUAUGCAGGAUUUUAUCUUUCUAUGUCUGCUGUGGCUGGUGUUGG